AUGGCAAACGAAGAGGAAGGAAAGAAGUCGCCCACAGGUCUGUCGCAGAACCCAAGGGCGACGUUCCCCCUUCCUUUCUUCUCGCCCACCUCAAAAGCCGAAUGCCGCAACAAAUGGCCUCAAGCGAUGCAGAUGGAUUGGCGCCGCCGUCAAAUCCCCGCCGCCCCCAAUCUUGUCGCAGUCGAGUGGAGAUCGGCGAUCGCGUGCGCCUUGGCUCGACCUCCAUUCCAACGACAGGUGCGUUCAUCGAUCAGUGGGGGUCAUGCGAUCUGGCUUUUCAAGAUGCGCGACAUCUGGUUCUCUCACUUUCGCGAUGACUCCGAGCCCUGUUGGUGA